CGCUUUUCUUUGCAAGCUCCUUUGACUACGAUGACCUGGAUGACUGAGAACCUUCACAGAAAGAUUAAAGUUGACGUUCUGACUUUAAUUUAAAUGUAAUAUAAAAAACAUCAUUACGGGAUUAAAAAUGCAAACAUAUUUUUAUUACAUGUUUCUGAAUAAAUAUGAGACAAACUCUCUAAAAUAAUAAGUAAUAAUGAGUGAAUUCAUUUUUUAUUUAAUUUUUUUUACAAAAAUAAGUUCAGAAUUUCAUUUUAACUCUUCAAUCCAAAACUCAGACUUCAGGUAUAAUUAUGUUCAUAACGGAUGCUGGAGCACCGAAACUCGGCACUACUGUUCCUCCAUACCUGCUGCACCUGGACACACCUGAGGGGUGGGAGGGCCGAGGGGCCGGCUCUGAGGAGCGGAGGUGUUCCGGUCUCACAGCUGACCGCUCAGGAUCGCCAUGGCCGCGCGCAGCAGGGGGUCCGGGCUCUUCUGGGCCGCGCUGAGCCGCCGCAGGGCUCCGGGACCCAGCAGGUGUCUGUCCUACCAGCCUCACGCUCCUGCCCCCGGGACCUGGAGCACCGAGCUGUCCCGGCUCUCCCACGGGGACCUGUACCGCCUCUCCGUCACGGACCCGGAUCGGUUCUGGGGGGCCGCCGCCGCCGACAGGCUCCGCUGGGUGGAACCGUUCCACCGGGUCCGGGAUUGCGACCUGAGCAGCGGGAGGAUCGGCUGGUUCCUGGGAGGAAAGCUCAACGUGUCCGUGAACUGCCUGGAUGUCCACGUGGAAAAACAUCCGGACCGAGUGGCUCUGAUCUGGGAACAAGAUGAACCCGGCACUGAGGUGAAGGUCACCUACAGGGAGCUGCUGGAGACAACUUGCCGCCUUGCCAACGCCCUGAAGAGUCACGGGAUCAACAAAGGUGACCGAGUGGCCAUUUAUAUGCCCGUGUCUCCGCUGGCGGUGGCAGCCAUGUUGGCGUGUGCCCGUAUCGGCGCGGUGCACACCGUGGUGUUUGCCGGAUUCAGCUCUGAUGCUCUAGCAGGAAGGAUCCAAGAUGCUGGCUGUAAAGCUGUGAUCACCUUUAAUGAAGGUGUGAGAGGAGGCCGGGUCAUCCAGCUCAAAGCCACCGUGGACGCCGCGGUAAAGACCUGUCCCUCCGUCCAGCACGUCUUCGUCUGUCAGAGGACUGAGACUCCGGUGGUGAUGGGAGAGAGGGACGUCCAGCUGGAGGAGGCGAUGUCCUCUCAGCCGGCCGUCUGUGCCCCCGAGGCUCUCGACAGCGAGGACCUCCUCUUCCUGCUCUACACGUCGGGCAGCACGGGCAAACCGAAGGGCAUCGUCCACACACAGGCGGGAUACCUGCUGUACGCAUCCCUGACACUCCAGCACGUGUUUGAUUACCGGGACGGCGACGUGUUCGGCUGCGUGGCAGACGUCGGCUGGAUUACGGGACACAGCUACGUGGUGUAUGGCCCGCUGUGCAACGGCGCCACCACCGUCCUGUUUGAGAGCACACCUGUUUAUCCAAAUCCAGGCAGGUACUGGGAAACCGUCGAGCGUCUGAGGAUCAGCCAGUUUUACGGCGCUCCGACAGCUUUGCGACUGCUUCUGAAGUACGGCGAGAGCUGGGUGAAGAAGUACGACCGCUCGUCUCUGAGGACGCUCGGAUCAGUGGGAGAGCCCAUUAACCACGAGGCCUGGCACUGGUUUCACAGUGUUGUGGGAGAGGGGCGGUGCCCUUUAGUGGACACCUGGUGGCAGACAGAGACCGGCGGAGUCUGCAUCGCCCCACGCCCGGCUGACGAAGGAGCGCCCAUCGUUCCAGCGAUGGCCAUGAGGCCGUUUUUUGGUAUCCAGCCCGUCCUGAUGGGAGAGAAGGGCGAGCAGCUGUCAGGUAACGACAUCACCGGAGCGCUGUGCAUCAGUCAGCCAUGGCCGGGGAUUGCUCGGAGCAUCUACGGCGACCACCAGAGAUUCGUCGACACGUAUUUCAAACCGUAUCCUGGGUUUUACUUCAGCGGCGAUGGAGCCUACCGCUCAGAGGACGGUUUCUACCAGAUAACGGGCCGCAUGGAUGAUGUCAUCAAUGUGAGCGGUCACCGCCUCGGCACGGCUGAGAUCGAGGACGCUCUGGACGAACAUCCAGCUGUUCCAGAAACAGCUGUCAUAGGAAUCCCACAUGACAUCAAAGGAGAAGUGCCUUUUGCCUUCGUGGUUUUAAAGGAGGACCUCAGUGAUGACGCUCCCGCCGUGCUGCAGCAGCUCAGAGACCUCGUCGCCACCAAGAUCGCCAAAUACGCCGUCCCCGAGCACUUCCUGGUGGUGACGCGGCUGCCGAAGACCCGCUCAGGUAAGAUCAUGAGGCGGAUCCUGAGGAAGGUUGCCAUGGAAACAACUGAGGAUCUCGGCGACGUGUCGACUUUGGACGACCCGUCCGUUGUCAAGGAGAUCAUAGAGGCCCACGAAGCGUACAGAAAGCAGAGACAGGAGGAGAAGAAGAAGUAGAAGAAUUAGGAGGGAGGUGGGCGGGGUGUCACGUACAGGUGAAGGCUCUGCUCCAAUCAGGAGCAGUGCGGCAGUCAGUGCCGCUGCUGAUUGGAGGAAGAAAGACGCCGAGACACUGAGGGCAGUUUUCUCUCGUUACCAAUGGAUCCAACUUUUAAAUGAUUUUAUUUUAUUUCUUCAUGUCAUCUUAAAUUCAACAUAUUUAUAGUCUGAAAUCUCAAACUGUGCAAUUAAGCAAUGAUGAUGUAAAUACACAGAAAUAAACAGUAAACGUUCA